CAGAGCGCCGCUGUUGUGAAACGGGGCGUGAUUGCUAUUUAAACCAACUGCCCACCUUGAGCAUUGCGCACACGUUUUGUCAACGACAUUUACAGCGUUAUACUCAGCGACAGCUCGAGACUCUCCAGAAUGAGUGACAACAACCCCGUGAAGAACGAUGUGCAGAACUUUGACAGGAAAUGUCUAAAAAAGACAAACACAGCGGAGAAGAACACUCUGCCGACCAAAGAGGAUAUUGAGCAAGAGAAAAAGGCCACACAGGGGUCAAAAUGAAUCCGGCCUGUCUCGACUCCUCUCGCCUCCUGUCCCCUUUGACUGCACCUCUAUUUCUACAUAUGAAAUCAUGUUAAAAUCAAUUUCAUCUUUUACAGUACGACAUUAGAACGGUGUAAUCAUGUAUUAAUUGCAGCUGUGGAUCUUUCUAGCGUGUUAUGUAGAGAGGAGAUUGAUGACACCAGCUCCUUGUGAUCGUCAAUGCUGCACGUGUCUGAAUAUCAAUCUGCUGGCAUUUGUGAUUCUUAGAGAAAUAACAUGUAAGAUGAUAUUUUGGUUUAAUAAAUAAUAAUAAAGUUUUUAAAUGUAUUACAUUUUUUUACUAUUGCUUUGAGAAUUUUACAAGUGCGCAAAAGAAGCAAACAGAUUAUGAAUAAAUAAAUUCAUAUUUGAUUAAAAAAGUGGAGUACUAGGAUAAAGGGCUUAUCCCUUAUCUUAGAUCUAAAACAACUAACACUUAUUCAGUUCAUUUAUUUAGCACACACUUUAGCAACUAAGGGAAAAACGGCAAAUAAGAAAGAAUAAGAAUACUUAGUGUUGUGUUUUUCAAGCAAAGUGUAUAUCCGGCUUUAUAUUACAAAUUGAUUCACAGUAUUUAAUCCGCCCGGAUUUUGUACAGUAUGGACUGCAGCAUGUUUCGUUUUCUACCCAAGUAAAUGCCUCCAAGCGCGAUAUGCAUGUUUAAAUAUAAAUAUAGUGGCAUUUCUAUCAUUUAAAAAUCUCUGCCAUUUUAUUUUCCUCUGGUUGACGGUGUGCUGUAUCUCCUGCAGGGCGUCUGUAAACCUGUAUGUACAAUUAAAGCAUUACUAUUCUUCAUGA